CAGAGGUGCUGCCGCAGAGAUCAUUUCAAGGAUAAGAUGCCAGGAACGUUCUUGGGCUAUUCAGCGUGUUUAUGUGUCAACUGUGUCUGAGGCGAGGACUGGUGAGUUUUAUCUACUCCACCCUAGCCUUAGAACGCGAGUGGACGGAAGCUUCAGCGAUGUAUCUGGGAGAUCAUCGGUGAGACAUGCGAAGUUCACGGCCACUUCAAUAUACCGCAAGACACAGUGUGUGGCAUUGAUAAGUAUCUAAAUGCAAACUCCAACACUCCAAGUGGAUUGGUCAAGGAAGUUUCAUCGGUAGCUACGUGGCUGAACAGGGUUCUCUAUUCGUAUUACCUGUGGAGCGACGUCUAUGUAGCUAAUCUAUCCAAUUCUCAUCUCAU